AAUCGCUGCGCUCGCCCUCCGACCCGGAAGCAGAGCCAGAGCGCGUCGCGGCAGCCCCCAAGGAAGACCAGCUUACCUCUGGUCGGUUCCCGGCGCUCUGCGUUUUACAGGGGCAAGUCCUGCCCAACGUGUACGGUGAGGCCCUGGGCACUGCUUUAAUGAGCAGUAGGUGUGGGGACGGAACAAUUUCGUGACCUCGAAUCUCUUGCACUUCUAUACCUCUCUGCCUCCGUGUCCGUAACACUUGCUGGUCGCCCUUCAAAAGUCUCCAGUCCCGGAUGUCAAUUCCUAAGGUUACUAGUUUAUAAGCGUCUCGAGCGCUGGCUCGCCACACACAAUGAAGUCUUCCAAAUCCUGGCCCUGCUUGUGAGCUUGGCAAGUUAGUUAACCUACUGAAGCCUCAGUUUCUUCAUCUACAAAAUGGAGAACAGAGUUUCGUGACCUUGUCCAGUAGAAGGCUAUUUUCACAACUGCUUGAAUUUUGACAUUCAAGAUGAAGCAAGAUGCCUCAAGAAAUGCUGCCUACACUGUGGAUUGUGAAGAUUAUGUGCAUGUGGUAGAAUUUAAUCCCUUUGAGAAUGGGGAUUCAGGAAACCUAAUUGCAUAUGGUGGCAAUAAUUAUGUGGUCAUUGGCACGUGUACGUUUCAGGAAGAAGAAGCAGACGUUGAAGGCAUUCAGUAUAAAACACUUCGAACAUUUCACCAUGGAGUCAGGGUCGAUGGCAUAGCUUGGAGCCCAGAGACUAGACUUGAUUCAUUGCCUCCAGUAAUCAAAUUUUGUACUUCAGCUGCUGAUAUGAAAAUUAGAUUAUUUACUUCAGAUCUUCAAGAUAAAAAUGAAUAUAAGGUUUUAGAGGGCCAUACAGAUUUCAUUAAUGGUUUGGUGUUUGAUCCCAAAGAAGGCCAAGAAAUUGCAAGUGUGAGUGACGAUCACACCUGCAGGAUUUGGAACUUGGAAGGAGUGCAAACAGCUCAUUUUGUUCUUCAUUCUCCUGGCAUGAGUGUGUGCUGGCAUCCUGAGGAGACUUUUAAGCUAAUGGUUGCAGAGAAGAAUGGAACAAUCCGGUUUUAUGAUCUUUUGGCCCAACAGGCUAUUUUAUCUCUUGAAUCAGAACAAGUGCCAUUAAUGUCAGCACACUGGUGCUUAAAAAACACCUUCAAAGUUGGAGCCGUUGCAGGAAAUGAUUGGUUAAUUUGGGAUAUUACUCGGUCCAGUUAUCCUCAAAAUAAGAGACCUGUUCACAUGGAUCGAGCCUGCUUAUUCAGGUGGUCCACAAUUAGUGAAAAUCUGUUUGCAACCACUGGUUAUCCUGGCAAAAUGGCAAGCCAGUUUCAAAUUCAUCAUUUAGGACACCCUCAGCCUAUCCUCAUGGGUUCUGUAGCCGUUGGAUCUGGCCUGUCCUGGCAUCGAACUCUCCCUCUGUGUGUAAUUGGAGGAGACCACAAGCUGUUGUUUUGGGUGACUGAAGUAUAAAGUGUUCUCUGUACCUUAGAUUCACAAACUUUGUAUUUUUAGUACAUAUUUUGAAGAAUUUCUAUAGUACAUAUUUUGAAGAAUUUUUAUAUCAAAUAUGCCGUAUACUUUAGAAAAUGUCUCAGUUGCUUUUAUUAAAUAAAAUGUUGAUGGUUUGAAAAAUUA